GAGGACAGUUUAUUUCCGAUACUGGGGUCUUACUAGCGUUGGCUACAUGAACUGGCUAAUAUUCAAAGUUAUCAUCAACAUAUAGCUAGUGGGUGCUGUAAGACCAUAGUCAACUGGACAGCCAUGGGAGAGCCCAAGACGCUCAAGUUUGCGUCCUUAGAAGAAGAGCUGAGUUUCUGGAAAGAGCAGUCAGCCCAACACCAACUACGGGCGGAGCAGGCACAGGAGGAGUUGCAGGAGUUCCAGCAGAUGAGUAGGGACUAUGAAGCGGAACUGGAGACAGAACUGAAGCAGUGUGAAGCACGAAACAGAGAACUACUGUCUAACAACAACCGGCUGCACAUGGAACUGGAGAACCUCCAGGAGAAGUAUGAGGCCCAGCACUCAGAAGCCUUCCGACAGAUUUCAACUCUAGAAGGAGACUUGGCAGAGACGACAGCUGUCAAAGACCACCUACAGAAAUACAUUAGAGAGCUGGAGCAGUCCAAUGACGACCUGGAGAGGGCCAAGAGGGCAACUAUCAUGUCUCUCGAGGACUUCGAGCAGAGGAUGAACCACGUGAUUGAGAGGAAUGCUUUCCUGGAAAGUGAGCUGGAUGAGAAGGAAAAUCUCUUGGAGUCAGUUCAGAGGCUUAAGGACGAGGCCAGAGACCUGAGACAGGAGCUGGCCGUUCAGCAGGUCCAGGAGCGAAGGCCCACCAGCAGCCUCUCAAAGGAGACGGACCGGACGGAACCCUCUUCACGCUCCAGCAUAGCCACCACCCCGUCCAAACCACUUGGUACAUUCCUAUCAACCCCCGUGUCCAGCAUCCGCAGAGGGGAUAAUUUAGCUGGAACUCCCCUGACCACAUCGGCUCGCAUUUCUGCACUCAACAUUGUUGGUGAGCUCCUACGAAAAGUUGGGAAUCUGGAGUCCAAAUUAGCGUCUUGUCGAGACUUCGUAUAUGACACAUCUUCAAACAGACCCGCUCUUCCGGCAGUUCCCGUCAGUUCCCCCUCUGCUGUAGACGGGGGAACAGAGAUCCAGACUAGUAGUACCAGUCCUCCUCCCCAGUACGAGAGUUUGGUGAAGCGAUUAGAGUUUGGACCUGCGCCUCCCAGGGGAGUCUCCUCUCAUUGCCAAGGCUCCCAGUCACCAUCAGGUGGUGUCAAGAUCCUGCUAUGAAACUCCUUGCCCC